AUGGAUGUUUUCCACAUGUCAUCGGACGGGUACUUCGUCCGUACAUGUCCCCCUGCUUCGUCCGUCGACGUUUAUGUGAUCCACUACACCGGCGACAUAUACGACCCCGACCUUAUCCUAUACAAGGAGAGCGGCCGCUGGCGCGGUAGCAGCCGGAUAAAAAUCGGGCCCUCCGAUGACGCACAAUUCAGAGCUCUUGAAGUUCAUGGGGUCGUAAUCGAGGGCGACCAAUUGACCCAACUGUGCAACGACUUGACCCUCACUGCAUCAGACGGUCAUAAGUACUGUCUACUAGCUAACAGGAACGGGAUCUGUUACCUGUCAGCCCAUCCGUAA